AUGGGGGAGUCACUGGAUGACUGGAGGGAUUUCUUCAGAACGAUGGAUACGGAAAUUUUUGAAUUCAUCGACACCGCGAUCAUGAUAGCCGCCUUGGAUCGCCCGAGAUAUUUUCGGCUACAAAGGGAACGUAUCGCGAAGCGGCUGUCCUCGGCCAUGACGACUCAGAGUCGGCGCCCAGGGUGCGAUGAUCCGCCUGCGUCGCAUGAUGGUAGAGAUGAUUGCAUACGCGCAGGUAAAGGAAGCAAAACGAUCAAGGACUACAGUAGGGGUGACGUCGAGCGCGAUAGGGUGGACAUGAACCCGCAAAGCUAUCUUGAUUGCGGAGGUACUAAGGCAUUCAGUGAUGAGUUUGACAGACAGUCUCUAGUUGUUCGUGAAGUUCUAAGGAUCAAGAAGGUCUUGGACAACAGUCAAUGCGAGUCUGAUUCCGCACUGUACGAAUCAUUGAGAAAACUCCAGUUGAUGACUAUCUCGAUGGAUAUAUUGGAGAAAACAAAGAUUGGGAUUACUCUCAAUAGUCUCAGGAGGAAAGAUGUAUCGACACAGAUUGCUCGGCUCGCACACAACAUCACUAUGAGAUGGAAGGCCAUGGUCGAAGAAAUCUGCCGCAGCACAGAGGAUAAUGCUGUUGGAAAUUCUUAUGUGGAUCCUUGCAAACUCGGAGAAAUGGAUCGUGCUGAUAGACCGACAUCCUCAGUGAAGAACCAGAACAUCACACAACGGUGCCAACAGAAACGCCACGAGGAGGCCGGUUCAAUUGCUAACAGGAACCAGAGGCCAAAUAUGGACAAGCACCAAGCCACUGUGAAGCCCAACACGUCCUCUAGCAUCAACUCGAAGAAAAAUCCAGCAAGUGAGAUUGGGACAUGGAAGUUCGAGAAAGAAAGAAUGCUUCAAAACUCAAAGGGAAUCACGGGGUGCAAAAGACUUUUCACCAGUCGACAAGAUGUAAGUGCGAAAGCUAUUUAA